AUUUCAAAUCAAAACAAACACCGAGAAUCAGCUUUGCUCGUUGCAAAUGUUUAGAAAAUUUGCUUUUGUAUGAAACUUUAAUUUUAAUCUACUGUUGAUUUUAAAAUAAUUUUGCCAAUUUGAUCAAACAUGCAUAAAUACACCGGCUUUAGUGAUUUAUGUGUACCGUACACGGAGUCAACCAAAGAUCUAAAAGAAAUCUUGAAAGAGCUCAUUGAAUUGGGGUAUAAAAAUGUUGCUAUAGAGCAAACGUACGAUCACGUGAACAACAAUGGUUCCAAGAAAUCCGACCCAAUUCCUCCGGCGGUGGAUUUGACCAAUAUCAGCAAAGAGCUCAAGGGCAAGCUGCAACUCCUGAACCGCAUAACCAUCGUUUAUUCCGACGCCUCGGUGACGCUGGUAACGAGCCGGUCCGCGAAUCUGCGCGGGUACAACCUGGUAGCGGUCAUCCCGACGACCCCGGACGCCUUCAACCAUGCCUGCCAAACGAUGCCCUGCGACAUCAUCUCGUACAACGCGGACACCGUCAGGGGAAAGAUGAGCCGGAAGUACUACUUUCUAGCCGUCAGCAGGAACAUUAUGCUCGAAAUCAAGUACGCGCCGGCCAUCGUCAACUCCAACGAGCGCAAAGAGAUCAUCAACCGCGCUCACAAGUAUCACUCGUACGGCAAGUCGAAGAAUGUGGUCAUUAGCAGUGGGGCUCAGAACCGAUUCCAGGUGCGCGGGCCGUACGAUAUCGCCAACCUGGGGCUGAUCUUUGGGCUGAGCGAAGAACAGUCGAAAAAUGCUAUUCUGGCACUUCCGAGGAAAGUGCUCAUUGCGGCGGACGCGAGACGGCAUGGCAAGGCUGGGAUAGUUGUGCGGCGGCAGCAGGAUGUGGUCGACAGUGACGACUACUCGGAAUCGGAACUCAACGAGGAGAUCCAGACUAGUGACGAAGAAGAAGAGGAGGAUGAAGAUUGUUCCGCAGAUGAAGAAAUGUGUGAGGAUGAGGUUGUAGAGCCACCGAAGAAAGUGGCGAAAUAUGAGAAAUGAAACCG